UUGAGUGAAUGUGCAUGGACCAGGUACUUGACAGGUUUCCUACAUUUCACGGGCAUUAAUUUCAUUUUGACAUUUGUUGCUGCUAUUCUGUGCGUGUGUUUUGCACCCAUAGCAGCAGGACCUGGAAUUCUUGAAAUCAAAGCUUAUCUUAAUGGUGUUGAUACCAACAUGUUUGGUGCUACAACAUUGAUUAUCAAAAUAAUUGGAAGCAUUGGAGCUGUCUCUGCAGGACUAGAUUUGGGAAAAGAAGGACCGUUGGUACACAUAGGAAGCUGCAUUGCUUCCUUACUAGGCCAGGGAGGCCCCGACAAUUACAGGAUCAAAUGGCGUUGGCUUCGAUAUUUUAACAAUGAUCGUGACCGUCGGGAUCUUAUCACCUGUGGUUCAUCUUCGGGAGUUUGUGCAGCUUUCCGGGCUCCAGUGGGUGGAGUUCUCUUUGCUCUUGAAGAGGUGGCAACCUGGUGGAGAAGUGCUCUACUCUGGAGAACCUUUUUUAGCACAGCUGUGGUGGUGGUGGUUCUCAGGGCCUUCAUUGAAAUCUGCAAUUCUGGAAAAUGUGGCCUUUUUGGUGAAGGAGGUCUGAUUAUGUUUGAUGUAAGCAAUGUCACAGUGAGGUACCAUGCUAUGGAUAUUGUCAUCGUUGUAGUCAUUGGUAUCAUAGGCGGGGUAUUGGGAAGCCUUUACAAUCAUGUGCUACACAAGAUCCUCAGACUCUACAAUCUCAUCAAUCAGAAAGGAAAGAUACAUAAACUCCUCCUCAGUCUUGCAGUUGCACUCUUCACAUCUAUGUGCCAAUAUGGUCUCCCAUUCUUAGCAAAAUGUACCCCAUGUGAUUCAUCGAUUCCAGAGUCAGCAUGCCCCACCAAUGGACGAUCCGGAAAUUUCAAACAAUUCAACUGUCCACCUGGCUUCUAUAACGAUCUGGCCACUCUGCUGCUUACCACUAAUGACGAUGCUGUUCGAAACAUAUUCUCAACCAACACCCCUCUAGAAUAUCAACCCAUGUCCCUCCUAAUUUUCUUUGUACUAUAUUGCAUAUUAGGACUAGUUACUUUUGGAAUUGCAGUGCCAUCUGGGCUUUUCCUCCCAAUUAUUCUUAUGGGCUCAGGUUAUGGACGCCUUCUUGGCUUCUAUAUGGGGCCUCAUACAAACAUUGACCAAGGGCUGUUUGCCGUACUUGGUGCAGCCUCCCUCAUGGCUGGUUCCAUGAGGAUGACGGUAUCCCUUUGUGUGAUCUUUCUAGAACUCACCAAUAAUCUUCUUCUAUUACCAAUAACAAUGAUUGUUCUCCUAAUAGCCAAAACUGUGGGAGACAGUUUCAACCCAAGUAUCUAUGAAAUUAUACUGCACUUGAAAGGUCUCCCUUUCAUGGAUGCAAACCCCGAGCCAUGGAUGAGAAAUCUCACUGUGGGUGAGCUUGUUGAUGUAAAGCCAUCGGUGAUUACCCUCCACGGAAUAGAGAAGGUAUCUAAAAUAGUAGAUGUCUUGAAAAACACUACGCAUAAUGGCUUUCCUGUUUUGGAUGAUGGGGUAGUAGUACCACCAGUAGUAGGACAUGCCAAUGGAGCAACAGAGUUGCAUGGACUAGUUUUAAGAGCACAUCUCAUCCAAGCACUAAAGAAGAAGUGGUUCUUUAAAGAAAGAAGGAGAACAAUGGACUGGGAAGUGAGAGAGAAAUUUACCUGGGUAGAGCUUGCUGAGAGAGAAGGAAGUAUUGAAGGGGUGGCUGUGACCAGCGAGGAAAUGGAGAUGUUUGUAGAUCUACAUCCUCUAACCAAUACAACUCCCUUUACCGUGCUAGAGAGCAUGUCAGUAGCAAAAGCAAUGAUUCUCUUCAGGCAAGUUGGACUUCGUCAUCUGCUUGUAGUUCCCAAGUAUCAAGCAUCCGGGGUAUCCCCAGUAAUUGGGAUCUUGACCAGGCAAGAUCUUCUGGCACACAACAUUUUGACAGUCUUUCCUCAGCUGGCAAAAUCUAAGAGCAGAGGAAAAAGAAAUUGAAGCUUUCCUAGUAAUUGAGAUUGAAUGGUCAAGCCGCACCCUCUUGGGGCAAGUUGGUUUCAUAAUUCCUCAAGUUAUUCCUCAAUUUUGUAUUACUUAUAUCAAAAGCAUGUUGAAUAAGAUACAAAAGCAAUGUAAAACUAUAUUCAAAUUUUAA